AUGAGUAAUCCUAUUUUCAUUACAAAUAAUAAGCCUAAAACUUUAUCAUUGGAUAAAAUAGGACAAUUGGAAGAUGACUUAAAGAUCAACCCAUUGGACUACAAUAAGUGGAUUAAAUUAUUGGAUAAUGUAGUUGCAAAGGACAACCAAGAGCAAGUUAGGAAGGCGUAUGAGAAAUAUCUCGAUAUAUUUAAAUUUGAUGCAGCACAAUGGAAUAAAUACAUCAAGUAUGAGCUCAGCCGGGGUGAGAAGGAGAAAGCAGAAGCACUUUUCCAAAAGUGUUUUGCCAUCACGGAGAAUGUUGACUUGUGUCGUCUGUAUGUUGAUUACGUGCGAAGUGUCACUGAUAUGAUCACAGGUGGUGACAAGGCAAGAGCAACUAUUAUCCAAGCAUUUGAAUUUGCCAUCGACAAAGUUGGGAUAGAUGUACAAAGUGGCAGCUUAUGGCAAGAUUAUAUCAACUUCAUCAAGUCAUGGACUCCAGGUGCCAAUUGGGAACAGCAGCAAAAGAUCGACUUGAUACGUAAGGUUUACAAGAAGGCUUUAGUUGUGCCAACAGAAAACAUUGAACCUUUAUGGUCGCAAUACACGAAAUGGGAAAACGAACUCAAUCAGGCGACUGCUCAAAAAUUUGUGUCUGAGAAGUCUGCUGAGUUUAUGGCCGCGCGAUCAUGGAAUACGGAGUGGCAAAACCUUACCAAGAAGAAGUUGAAACGUUCUAUAAUACCCCACGGUUUGGACAAUGAUUUAGUGGAAGCCCAAAUGAAAUACUGGGCAAGUUGGUUACAGUUGGAGAAAAAAAACUCGUUGCAGAUAAAGGAUGAGUCAUUGCUUCAACGACGAAUAAAUUAUGUUUACAAGGAAGCUACUUACGCUCUACCCUUUGUGUCGCAACUUUGGUUUGAAUAUGUAAAACAUUUGCUAAACGAUAACGAAGAAAGCAAUUUGAGUAAGUGCAUUUCUAUACUAAACGAUGGUCUAAAAUUAAAUCCUAAGAGCUUGCUUCUCUCUUUCCAGCUAGCCGAAUUGUACGAAAAGGACAAUACAUUCAACGACGCGAAGGUAAUUUACAAUCAAUUGAUCGCAAACUUGACCGAAGAUCAUAAGAAGGUGACAGAGAAAUUGAAUGGCUUGUAUGACCGCAUCAGUCCAGGAACAAAUGACAAGAAUGAGGAGGAUGACCAUAUGAAUAAUGAAGAGGAUGAGAAUGAAAUGGGUGGUGCAAAUGUCGUUCACGUUCUUACCAAUGGUAAACUGAACGGACAUGGGAACCCUAAUCUACCUCCCAAGCCCAAUAUUCCCUGUUUGCCUCAAAUACCAAACAAUUUGGCACCAGUGUCAGAUGUAGAUGAUCUGACUUUGACUAAGCCAGAUUUAGUAAGUUCAAAACUUUCGGGAACUGAGAGAAAAACAUUCCUCAAAUUGAAGAAAGAGCGUGAUCAAUUGGUUGAUACAAUUUCACUUACGUAUAUCAAGUUCAUGGUUGCGAGUAAAAGGGCGGAAGGGAUGAAGGAGGCCAGAGACGUGUUUCGUCAAGCUAGGAAAAAUGACUCGGUGGGAUACCAGAUAUAUGUCGAAAAUGCUUUGUUGGAACAUUAUGCUGAUAAUAAGAAAACCGCAUUGAAAGUUUUUGGUAUAGGGCAAAAGGCAUUCCCUACCAAUGGGAAUUUUUUGUUCAAAUUUUUGGAUUAUUUGAUUAUGACCAACGACGUUGACAAACUCAGAAGCACUAUCCAAAGCUCAGAUACGAACAUUUCGAAAGAAAUUACUCAAAUCACGGAGGAGUUAACUUUUGCUGGGUUGGAUCCUGUUCUCACGGAAGAGAAGGAGCAGAAAUUGAAUUCGCAAAAGACGUUUUUAAAAAGAUUGUACAAACGAUAUAUAUCAUUUUCGGCAAACUAUUUGUCCUUAGAUAUAACAAGUAGCUUUGCCAAAAAAUACGAGCAAUUGUUUCCCGAUGAUGAUCCGGUCGACUUGUUUACUGAUAGGUACAAGCUAGAUGUCGUCAACAUCAUCAAACGAGAUGAACUAAACCGAGAUGACCACGUUGACUAUGCCGAUCUUUCAAGGAAAAAACGCAAGGUUUCGUUUGGUUUCGAUAACACUGAGUCCACUUCUGCCGUGAAAAGUAUCCAAGAGUCAAGACGCAUUGAACAAGAGGUUAUGGAGGAUGAACAACUGAACGGUGCAUCAUUUGUUGGACCUUCAAUUGUUGCUUUGAUGUCUGCAUUACCAAAUGCAUCAUAUUUUGGGUUACCAUCUGAGAGUGUGUUUAAUAGUGAUAAAUUGGUUACCUUGUUUUCGAAUUUGCCUAAUAUUGCUUAA